GCCAAGGUGUGUGGUGUUCGUGGAGGUGACGGUGGAGUCUGUGUGCUGGAGGAGGAGGUGAUGCUUCAAAAUUGUGAUCACUUUCUGGAGGCAGCGCUGCCGCUGGAAGGAUGCGAGAGACCUAGGGCGGAGGGCCUGAGGCGGCAGAUCUGAACUUGAGGAGGAUAUAACCCAAACUUUAACUACAUCAGUCCGCACCUCACGCGUGGAAGCAAAGGACGGGUUAUCUUUUAAAAUUUUUUUUUCACAAGAGAGACUCAAACUUCGGCACUUGAUCCCUUUUCCUGGAUUGCUUUGGAAGGAGACGGUUUGGUGACAACGUUGGGAACAGUGAGGACAGCGUUGUAACUCAUUUCUAAAGCGACAGUAGAUCAGACUUUUUAAAUGUUUGGGAUCCAAGAUACUUUAGGAAGAGGACCAGCUCUGAAAGAGAAAUCGCUGGGCGCCGAGAUGGAUUCGGUCAGGUCCUGGGUCCGGAAUGUCGGCGUGGUGGACGCCAACGUCGCUGCGCAGAGCGGAGUAGCCCUGUCCCGGGCCCACUUUGAGAAGCAGCCUCCUUCCAACUUGAGGAAAUCCAACUUCUUUCACUUCGUCCUGGCGCUCUACGACAGGCAGGGGCAGCCGGUGGAGAUAGAGCGCACCGCUUUCGUAGACUUUGUGGAGAACGACAAAGAACAAGGCAACGAGAAGACCAACAAUGGCACCCACUACAAGUUACAGCUCCUCUACAGCAACGGUGUCCGCACGGAGCAGGACCUGUACGUAAGGCUCAUCGACUCGGUCACCAAGCAGCCCAUAGCUUACGAGGGACAAAAUAAGAAUCCGGAAAUGUGCCGAGUUCUCCUGACACACGAAGUGAUGUGCAGUCGAUGUUGCGAAAAGAAAAGUUGUGGCAACCGAAAUGAGACUCCUUCAGACCCUGUCAUCAUCGACAGAUUCUUUUUAAAAUUUUUCCUCAAGUGCAAUCAGAAUUGUUUGAAAACAGCAGGAAACCCAAGGGACAUGAGAAGGUUUCAGGUCGUGUUGUCAACAACAGUGAACGUGGAUGGACACGUGCUGGCUGUUUCCGACAACAUGUUUGUUCACAACAACUCGAAGCACGGGCGGAGAGCGAGAAGGCUGGACCCGUCGGAAGCUACUCCAUGCAUCAAAGCCAUUAGCCCGAGUGAAGGCUGGACCACCGGAGGAGCCAUGGUCAUCAUCAUUGGGGACAACUUCUUUGAUGGCCUCCAAGUGGUGUUUGGGACUAUGCUUGUAUGGAGCGAGCUAAUAACUCCUCAUGCCAUCAGAGUGCAGACUCCUCCUCGGCACAUUCCUGGAGUAGUAGAAGUGACAUUAUCUUAUAAAUCCAAACAGUUCUGCAAAGGAGCUCCAGGGAGGUUCAUUUACACAGCAUUAAAUGAACCCACCAUAGACUAUGGCUUUCAGAGACUACAGAAAGUCAUCCCAAGGCAUCCUGGAGAUCCUGAGAGAUUAGCUAAGGAAAUGCUGUUGAAAAGAGCUGCAGAUCUGGUGGAGGCGCUCUAUGGGACACCACACAAUAACCAGGACAUCAUUUUGAAGCGCGCUGCCGACAUCGCUGAAGCCCUGUACAGUGUCCCCAGGAAUCCCAGCCAGAUCCCAGCUCUCUCCAGCUCUCCAGCUCACAGUGGCAUGAUGGGCAUCAAUUCUUACGGCGGCCAGCUUGGGGUCAGCAUCUCAGAGUCAACACAGGGAAAUAAUCAAGGAUACAUCCGCAACACAAGCAGCAUCUCUCCGCGGGGCUACUCUUCCAGCUCCACCCCUCAGCAGUCUAACUACAGCACCUCCAGUAACAGUAUGAACGGCUACAGCAACGUCCCUAUGGCCAACCUGGGUGUCCCGGGAUCUCCAGGAUUCCUAAACGGCUCCCCCACAGGCUCCCCUUACGGAAUCAUGUCAUCAAGUCCCACUGUUGGAUCUUCCAGCACGUCCUCCAUCCUCCCAUUUUCCUCUUCAGUUUUUCCUGCUGUCAAACAGAAGAGUGCCUUUGCCCCUGUCAUCAGGCCCCAAGGCUCCCCUUCGCCCGCUUGCUCCAGUGGCAAUGGAAAUGGAUUCAGAGCCAUGACCGGACUUGUCGUGCCCCCAAUGUAAAGAAGAGGAAGAAAUGCUUUCUUAUAGCACAAAACUGCUUACUCUGAUGGACCAAUAAUGAAGAAAGCACUAGGAGCUCUCUGGGGAAAGUUGUGCCCCGAGUGAACAUGAUGGACAGAUCUGGGUUUGCAAGGAGCUGCCUCUUACCUGGUCUCACGUUUCUUGUGUAGCUCUGAUGGUAACUACACAAACUGACCCUCCAGGGAACAAGGACAAAAGAUGUCAUUGACGUAGUCAGUGCUAAGAGCAGAAAUGCAAUUCUUUGUUAUGAACAUUAUGAGAACCACCUUCCUAUGUUUGUAAAAUAUUUAAGAAAAAAAAUUGGCAAACGAUUCAUGCUUA